CUGUCUGAUGUUUUUCUUCCUGCCGCAGACUCACAUCCUGUGACUUCAGUUCGCUGAUUAAAUCAAACAUUCAUUUAGUCAGACUUAUGAACAAUAAACAGAUAAUGUGGUUUAUAUGGAGCCGUCGAGUUCUGGUGAUCAUUACUUUUACAUCAUCGUUGGAGAAGCUGCUACAGAGAAAACAUCAGAUCUAUAAAGAUCAAAAGCAAACAGUGACACUGUGGGACACGGAGCAGAUAAAGACUUUCAAAGUAAAACCACGUCAGAGUUUCAGAGAUCCCACACUGUGCAUUGAGGAAGUUUCCGUGCAGGUGGUUUGGCUCCAUGAAGGAAACUGUGCUCCAUCAACUGGACAGUGCAAAGUGACCACACCUACAGGCGGGGGGGAGGUGGAUCAGGAGGACUAACCAGAAACCUCACCACGCAUGCCUCCACAUGUUGAGGGUUUCAGCUGGAGUGCAGCUGCAGGAGAGAAAAGACUAAAACUGAAUGGAAACAAGAAAAUUAAGAAGGAGGAAUAGAAUCUGUGAGUAUGAAUCCUGAUCCCGGAGCCACAGAGAUGGAUUCCUCUUGUGUGACGCCUGGAAGUCCCACCGGGGACGAACCAGAGACCCAGGAGCUGGACCCGGAGCUGGUCUGGGUUCCCAGCGGGAGGCGUCUGAUCUCUGGUCUGCUGGGGAUGAACGUGGUCCUGCUGGGGGCGGCCCUGGUGGCAGGACAGGCGUUCAACCCCGAGGGCCUGAAGAACCAGGAGCCACAGGUGUUCCUGCUGCUGCUGAUGGGGGCCAGCUUGAUCUGGAUCCUGUGGUACCUGCUGUGGGCCCGGAAACAACCCGGCAUCUGCCCACAUAAAGACCACCAUGCCGGGGGGACCACAGUCAUCUUGGUUCUGAUCCUGUUCGCUGGGUUCAGUGUGGUUCUGUUCAUCUGCAGGAUCGGGUACUUGAUGAACGUGAGGGAAUGUCAGCCGCCUGCUAAAGUUCUGUCUGCGUUCAUGGAGGCUCCUUUUCUGGUGCUGCAGACGUAUUUACUGUGGGCUCACUCCAAGGACUGUGUCCACAAACACAAGAUAAUCACAAGGUCUGGACUGAUGGUGAUUCUGUCAGCUGACCUGCUGCUGUGGCUCAACGCCGUCACCGAGGACACGAUCCACGAGGAGAUCGAGUUAGAGAAGAGCGACGGGUUCAAGUUCAGCAACACAAACUCAUCUGAGGACGACAACUCAGCAGGGAACUUGACGUUGUGUCGCUGCAGUGCGAGCGCCGCCUGCCUCACCUUCAGGAAAGGGUUCGAGAUCCUGUAUCCCUUCAACAUGGAGUUCUACCUGAUGGCCGGCUGCAUGAUCUACGUGAUGUGGAAGAACGUGGCCCGCAGGACGAGUCCGGGGCACCACGUGUCCGAGAAGCUGACCCUGAACAUCGUGUACCAGGGCGGGGUCAUCUUCGGCCUGGUGUUUGGAGGCCUGGUGCUGGUGGCGGGGGUGACGGUGUUCGUCCUCUACCAGGUGUGGGUGAGCCAGCCGCAGCGUCGCCUCACCGCCUUCCUCGUCUUCUACGGCUUCCACUUGGCCGUCAUGCCCGUCAUGUCCCUCUGCUCGCUGGCCGGGACGCUGGUCCACCGGCUGGAGAGGAGGGCCCAGGAGGCCGGACUCAACCCGACCCGCAGCCUGGACGUGAUGCUCCUGGUGGCAGCGGCUCUGGGGCAGCUGGCCCUCUCCUACUUCUCCCUGGUGGCGGCCCUGGCUCUGGGGACCAGCGGGCCCCUGGGGGACCUGGACCUGUCCUACUCCCUCCUCAGCCUCCUGGAGCUCGUCCUCCAGAACAUCUUCAUCAUCGAAGGCCUCCACCGGCACCCGAACCUGCUCACCAAGAAGAAGGAGAGGAAGAGGAGCAGCAUAUUUAAGCCAAGGAGAAAGGUGACGACAGCGAUAGAAGAAGAGAAGAAGACGGAUGUCUCACUGCUGGAGGGAAACACGGCAGCACCCCCUGCUGUCCAAGUGCAUGAUGGGAAAACGACCUGGCACAAGAGAGCGAUACAGGAAAUCUGUGCUUUCCUCGUCCUCUCCAACAUCAUGCUCUGGGUCAUCCCGGCCUUCGGAGCCCACCCUCAGUUUGAGAACGGCCUGGGGAAACAGUUCUUCGGCUUCAGCGCCUGGUUCGUUCUGGUGAACGUGGGUCAGCCGCUCAGCGUCUUCUACCGGAUGCACUCGGUGGGCGCUCUGAUGGAGCUGCUCAUCACGGCGUGACCAGCAACACGCAACACGUGACCGAGCACUGGAGUAAACAGGACACACAUCAAUGAACGGUUUAGUUAACAUGGACAGAAGCAUGUGGACAUCUACUGCUGAUGAGGCUGAUGUUCUUCAGGGUUUGAGAUCCUUGGAGCAGGUUUGUGUCCAUUUCCUGUUUCAAUAUGUCGACGCCCACGUGCACGAUGCCCACGUGCACGAUGCCCACGUGCACGAUGCCCACGUGCACGAUGCCCACGUGCAGAGAUCCAGAUCGAUAAAGAGACGUUUCCACAGGAUGGUGCUGCUGCAAACAUUUUGAAGAAAACUACAAAAAGGUAAAACAGAGGGACUGCAUGAGGGUCAAUCAAAAUGUUGAAAAACAUUGUAACACACAAAUAUUAAAAAGAUUAACCUCCUGAUACAUAAGUGCAUCAUUUAAUGAGCUCCAUCCUGAAUCCACAUCCUAACACCAAGUGUCAUUUAACACAUCCAGUCGUGUUUGCACAAUAACAACAAACACACAAACAGAUGAAAAGAAAGAGGUUUCUCUGAUGCUCUUGGAAAGUUUUAGAUGUUUUACUUCAGUAAAAGCAUCAACACAACUUCGUUACAAAGUUCUGCAGCUCAACAGUCACCAAACAUCAAGAGUCAAGGAAAAGUUGAAAAUGACAAGACCUUGUAUUUUGUGAAAUUCUUUUUCUGCUUUGGGCCCAAAUAUAUAUAUAUAUAUUUUGAAAUGUUUCAAAAGUUAAAUAUGAUAAAGGGACAUAUUAUAAUAUCUUCUCUGUAAAGUAAAACGUCGUUAGAUAAAUGCACAAUAUCGUCCUCUGAAAUGUUAAGUAAAUGUUAAAUUGUACAGAUGUACAUUACAACCACUGUAUCUGCAGACAGGUUAAAUAAUCUGUUGAUUUAUGACAUACGUGUUAAUUAAAUCAUAUCCUGUGAGAUUAAA